GUGUAAAAUACUCAGAUUCAGAGUGCUGUGAGCGGUGCCCGAAAUCAUCUGAAUUCGAUAAAACCCAGACCCAAACCCAAAAUACCCAAUUCCGAAACGCCUAAUAAUUUCAUCCGAUCCGAGCCCAACUUCAAUCGCCAGUUUGCCAUCUCUAUCCGGUGCUUAAAACUGAUUUUCGGUGCAAUGUAGAGCAAAAAUAUGGCAGCUGUAGUCACUUUACGAAGUGAAACUCAAUUGGUUCAAAACAUAUGUGCAACUGUAAUAAAGGGUGGCUGGAACAAUCUUUUGAGACCCAAGAUUUGUUCUAUUCUCACGGCAUCAACCCUUCACCAGGUAUUAUAUCAGCUCUCUUUACAUAGCCAAGGUCCUUGUCUUUCUUGGGCAUUGUUUAAAUGGAUUGAAUCGUCAAUUCCUAAUUACAAACAUUCUUUACAGUCUUCAUGGACUAUGAUCCAUAUUUUAACCAAGUUUAAACACUUAAAGACUGCACAGAGUUUGCUUGAGAAGAUUGCUUAUAGGGAUUUUUUAUCAACUCAAUCUGUUUUGAGUGCUUUAGUGAGACUUCAUGAUGAUCCAGAUAUUAAUUCUCAUGUUUUUAGCUGGCUUGUAAUAGUUUAUGCAAAUACCAAGAUGAAACAGGAGGCUAUUCAGGUUUUUGAGCAUAUGAUGGUAAAUGGGUUCAGGCCACAUUUGCAUGCUUGUACUGUGUUAUUGAAUUCUUUGGCUAAGGAUAGACUUACUGAUAUGGUGUGGAAAGUUUAUAAAAAGAUGGCUAGAAUCGGGGUUGAAGCUAAUAUUCAUGUUUAUAAUGUCUUGAUUCAUGCUUGUUGUAAAUCUGGUGAUGUGCAGAAAGCAGAUAAUUUAUUGAGUGAAAUGGAAUCCAAGUGUGUUUUUCCUGAUCUUUUCACAUACAAUACAUUGAUUUCAUUGUAUUGCAAAAAGGGUAUGCACUAUGAAGCUUUGUCUGUUCAAGAUAGGAUGGAGAGGGAAGGAAUUAAGCCUGAUAUUGUCACUUAUAAUUCGCUUAUUCAUGGUUUUUGUAAAGAAGGUAGAAUGAGAGAAGCUAUGAGACUAUUUAAGGAGAUACGUGAUGCAACUCCUAAUCACGUGACCUACACUACAUUGAUUGAUGGGUAUUGUAGAUUGAAUGAUCUUGAUCAAGCUUUGAGAUUGCGAGAAGAAAUGGAAGCGCAAGGGCUGUAUCCUACUGUUGUUACUUAUAACUCAAUACUGAGGAAAUUAUGUGAGAUAGGCAGGAUAAGAGAUGCAAAUAAGCUCCUAAAUGAGAUGAGUGAAAAGAAAAUUGAACCAGAUAAUGUCACAUGUAACACAUUGAUUAAUGCUUAUUGCAAGAUAGGAGAUAUGAAGUCAGCUUUGAAAGUGAAGAACAGGAUGGUGGAGGCUGGUUUGAAGCUAGAUCAAUUUACGUACAAAGCAUUGAUCCAUGGGUUCUGCAAAAUACGGGAGAUGGAUGGUGCCAAAGAGCUAUUGCUUAGCAUGCUUGAUGCAGGAUUUUCUCCUAGUUAUUGCACCUAUUCAUGGCUUGUAGAUGGUUAUUGUAAUCAACAAAAUGAAGAGGCAGUCCUUAAACUCCCAGAUGAGUUUGUACGCAAAGGUCUUUGUGUUGAUAAAUCACUAUAUAGGGCACUAAUAAGGAGAUUUUGCAAAAGAGAACAAGUUGAUUAUGCUAAAAAAAUAUUCAGUCUCAUGCAAGAGAAGGGAACAUUGGGAGAUAGUGUCAUAUACACUAGUCUAGCGUAUGCAUAUUGGAAGCUUGGGAAAGCAAAUGCUGCUUCAGAUUUGUUAGAUGAAAUGUACAAGAGAAGGCUGAUGAUUACUCUCAAAAUUUAUCGGGCUCUUAAUGCUUCUUAUGCUGGUGACAACAGCAUUUUAAGUCUCUUCUGGAAUCAUGUGGUUGACAAACGAAUAAUGUCAAAGAACAUACUGAAAAGUAUGGAGCAGAUAAUUUAACACAUAUACAAGGAAAUCUUGGACAUGAAUAUAGGUGCUUGCUUGAAUGGCUAAUGUUAUCAUUAGGUGGCAGCACCAUACUCCUCCUCAUCUCAGCUUGUGAUGGCAUAUGUUGAUUGGACCAACAAGAGAAUUACUUCAGUUCAUGUUGAAGUACAAGAGUACCUAACUAUAUGAUGGGAACUUCAUAUGAAGAUUUUGUGCAAGUGUUUGUACUAUCUGGAAGACAUAGAAUGGACAUAUUAUCAUGGCUGAUAUGGAGCUUAUUGUUCAAUUGAGGCAGUGGGUAUAACUUCUAAUGCACAGGGACCUUUUCUUGAGCCAGUUUCCUUUAUCAAUGAAAGCCCAGAACAAGCUGAUUUUGAUAAGCUAACCAGGACUUGAACUGGAAAUUGUGCAUAUUAUUGCAGAAACAGUUUUGCGAUCUACUUCAAGUUCUAAGGUGAGGAAUGCUGACCUUGAAAUGGAACUUUUAUGAGCUUGGCGGGGGUAUUUCAGGUGGAUCCCUAUCCGAUUGGAGGAAGAAAAUGCCUAGCGUUGAUUAUUACGACACUAUUGGGUGCAAUUAUGUAUAUGCCCUGUGGUAUCAAUUUGCUCUUCGCCAAUGGCUUUUUUCUCGUACUGGUCUAUCUGCGGAUUUCUAAAUUAUUUGGUCAUAUAAAUUGUCUGGUGAUGAUAUUUGGAAACUAUGAUUUGGUUAAUCCAACUGAACCAAAUCGGUUACUUGAUCUGGAUAGUGCUUGUACUUUACUGGCAUUAUUCUGAAUCUAUCAUAGAACUGGAGGUACACCAGGAUCCUGAAGCUAGUUCACAACUGGAGAAGACAUGGAAAGCUCUGGGGCUAUAGAUGCUUAUAUUUAUCAGGAACAUUCCAGUUAUGAUACUUUAUCAUAUGUCAGACUACUGAAUUCAGUGGGCAGUUUGAUUAUUUUUGCAGCUGCCUGAAAAUCUUUGUCCUGAUUUGUAAAGCUGAAAGGGUUGAACUGGAGAUAUUUACUUGCACCUUUUUAUUUUAGAUCUGAUAUUGUUUGGAUAUUUAAAGGUUAUAUCAUUUUAUAUAGAAUUUAUUGAAUUUAUGCA